AUGAGUCGGUCCAGACGCCAAUGGCUGGGUUUCUUCCUGUCGUUAUCCAUCAUAUUCCUACUCUAUCGGCACCAUCGCUCUUUAAACGAUUCCAAUGCCUCAACACCAAUAAAUGAAAAGGUCGACAACCAGGAUCAAGAUCCUGAUAUUCCCCUACCAGACUUCCAAAAUCCCGAUUUCUCAAGUGAACCGCCACCGAAUACCCAUGCCCAUGAAUCCUUUUGGGGCCGUUUGCCUUUGCGCCAUAUCGUCUUGCCCUCCUUACCUCCACCGAUCCAGUCGCGUCUCGGAAUCCCCAAAAUCCAAGCAGACCCAUCCAGCUUCUCUGGAGUCACAACAUGGUUCCAGAAGAGCAGGCAGGCAGCGGUAAAGGACGCUUUCACGCGAUGCUGGGAUUCCUAUAAAUCACUCGCGUGGCAGACCGACGCGCUUGCGCCCAUAAGCGGACUGCCCAAUAAUGCAUUUGGUGGCUGGGGAUUGAUGAUGAUCGAUAAUCUGGACACACUGUGGAUCAUGAGAAUGAGAACGGAGUUCGAUGAGGCCGUUGCGACCGUUGUGGAUAUCAAUUUUGAGAACACUCAAUCUUCGGAAAUCAACACGCACGAGAUCAAUAUUCGCAUUCUGGGCGGUUUACUGGGCGCAUUUGACCUGAGCGGCGAUCAACGGCUGCUCAGCAAGGCGAUCGAGGUUGGUGACAUGCUUUAUGCGGCGUUCGACACGCCGAAUCACUUGCCGAUCACUCUCUGGGAUCUGCACCGAGCCGCACGGCAAGAAGAGCAGCUCGCCGAGGAAAUGGUGUCUGCUUCAGAACUCGGCUCUUUUAUUCUUGAAUUCACAAGGCUAUCACAAUUGACCAGCGAACUUAAAUACUUCAAUGCCGCACAGUUUGUCAUGGAACGACUCGGCCAGCUGCAGGAUGUGACCAAGCUUACAGGAAUGUGGCCUGUGGUCCUAAAUGCCCGAACGGAAGUGUUCGAUGGAGAUUUCUUUACAUUGGGCGCCGAGGCGGAUUCCCUUUACAAAACAUUGGCGAAGGCAGAUAUGAUACUUGGAGGCCGGUUCCCUGUGUAUCGUAAGAUGUACGAGAGAUCGACACGGACGGCCGCUGGACACAGCCUGUUCCGUCCCAUGACUCCUCAUAAUAGAGACAUUCUUGUCCCAGGAUCGAUUCGCGUGAUGAUGACACAAAACGGAAAGUCGCGAACCCUUUUAGAAAGCCGGGUUCACCAUCGUUCCUGUUUCACGGGCGGCAUGUUUGCAUUGGGAGGCGCAUUCUACAGUAUUCCAAGCCACCGCAAAAUCGCAAAUAAGCUGGUCGAUGGCUGUAUCUGGGCUGCCCAGGCUAUGCCUCUGGGAAUCAUGCCCGAAGUAUACGAGACAGUUCCUUGUGCCUCCCAGACCGAAUGCCCGUGGAACGAGUGGCACUGGAAACAAGAGGUCUGGAAGAGCGUGAACUCCAGCCCCGAGCCGGACCCCGAUAUGGACAUUGAUGCUUAUAUCCAUGAGCACCACCUACCGAAGGGCUUCAUAUCCAUCCCCGACACUCGCUACAAUUUGCGACCGGAGAUCAUCGAAAGCAUGUUCAAUCUUUAUCGCAUUUCCGCCCGUGAGGACCUGCUCGAUACCGCCUGGGAAAUGUUCGAAUCGAUUCAAAACACCACUGAAAUCAUCAAUGGCAACGCUGCCCUCGCUGAUGUCACCUCUCCGACUGAAGAACCGAUUCACAUCGACUCCAUGGAAAGUUUCUGGAUGUCGCAAACCUUGAAAUACUUCUAUCUUAUGUUCAGCGCGCCCGAUGCCCUAAGUCUGGAUGAAUAUGUCUUUAACUCUGCAGGGCAUCCCCUCAAGCGACCAGACACUAUGUGGGAACAAUAA